CCCUAUUCCACCACCACCACAACCAUCGGAGACACCACCGAAAAAAAACAAAACACAAAACCCCUUAAAAACAAAGUUUUAGUUUCUUCUUUUUCUACUUAAUGGAGAAAGCUUCCAACGGUUCCUCCGCGUUGGAGAUGCAUACGUCUGAGCUUGAUCAGCCGGCGGCUCUCCGCAAGAUCAUAUCGGUUUCCUCCAUUGCCGCCGGUGUACAGUUCGGUUGGGCUUUACAGCUAUCUCUCCUGACUCCUUACGUGCAGCUACUCGGAAUCCCACAUAAAUGGGCCUCUCUCAUCUGGCUCUGCGGCCCAAUCUCCGGUAUGCUUGUUCAGCCCAUCGUCGGUUACCACAGUGACCGUUGCACCUCAAGAUUCGGCCGCCGUCGUCCUUUCAUCGUCGCCGGAGCCGGUCUAGUCACCGUCGCCGUGUUCCUUAUCGGUUACGCCGCCGAUAUAGGUCACAGCAUGGGUGAUCAGCUCGACAAACCGCCGAGAACGCGAGCUAUCGCGAUUUUCGCCCUCGGGUUCUGGAUUCUCGACGUGGCGAACAACACUCUCCAAGGACCAUGCCGUGCAUUCUUGGCUGACCUGUCCGCGGGAAACGCGAAGAAAACGCGGACCGCAAACGCGUUUUUCUCGUUCUUCAUGGCGGUGGGAAACGUUUUGGGUUACGCGGCGGGCUCUUACAAGAACCUCUACAAAGUUGUCCCAUUCACGAUGACCAAAUCUUGCGAUCUCUACUGCGCGAACCUCAAAACGUGUUUUUUCAUCUCCAUAACGCUUCUCCUCUUGGUCACGUUCAUGUCUCUAUGUUACGUGACCGAGAAGCCAUGGACCCCUGAGCCAACCGCAGACGGGAAAGGCUCGAGCGUUCCUUUCUUCGGAGAGAUCUUCGGAGCUUUCAAAGAGCUGAAAAGACCGAUGUGGAUGCUUCUUAUAGUCACUGCACUGAACUGGAUCGCUUGGUUCCCUUUCCUCCUCUUCGACACUGACUGGAUGGGCCGUGAGGUGUACGGAGGAAACUCAGACGCAAACGCAAGUACCGCCUCUAAAAAGCUUUACAACGACGGAGUUAGAGCUGGCGCGUUGGGGCUUAUGCUUAACGCGAUUGUUCUUGGGUUCAUGUCUCUUGGUGUUGAAUGGGUCGGUAGGAAAAUGGGUGGAGCUAAACGGCUUUGGGGAGCUGUUAACUUCAUCCUUGCUAUUUGCUUGGCCAUGACUGUUGUGGUGACUAAACAGGCGGAGGAUCACCGGCGAGAUCACGGCGGUGCUAAAACAGGACCGCCUGGAAGUGUCACCGCUGGUGCUUUAACUCUCUUUGCUGUUCUCGGUAUUCCCCAAGCGAUUACGUUCAGUAUUCCUUUUGCGCUAGCUUCCAUAUUUUCAACCAAUUCUGGUGCCGGCCAAGGGCUGUCCCUAGGUGUUCUGAAUCUGGCUAUUGUUGUCCCACAGAUGGUGGUAUCAGUGGGUGGUGGACCAUUCGAUGAACUAUUCCAUGGUGGAAACAUUCCGGCGUUUGUGCUAGGAGCAAUUGCGGCCGCAGUGAGUGGCAUAUUGGCUUUAACGGUGUUGCCUUCGCCGCCACCGGAUGCUCCAGCUUUCAAGACUGGGGCUAUGGGAUUUCAUUAAGUUUUAGCAGUGUUUGAGUGGCUAUGUAACUCUCAUAAAACAGUAGUGUUAUUGUGCAAAUCCUACAUAAAGAGAAAAAGGAAAUUAAUCUCCUUGGGUUGCUGGUUUGUAUUGUACCUAAACCCAUUAUGUUCCUUUUUUGUAACUGAAAUUUUCAAUUUGGAGUAUAAUUCACCGUUUGCCA